AUAACCCAUAACCCAUAACGUACCCAACUGGUUACUGCAGACGGCCUGCAGACAGUCAACUGAUUUUUUUUUUCGCCAUUCUUGUCGUGCCGCCACCCCUCUCAUUUCUUACGUGCAUCGCAUCAAAAAUUAACCCCGGACUUACGCUUGAUAAGCGCGUUUAAAACGCCCCUCCUAUAAUUCAACAUAUUCAUCUUCACCUCACAAUGCGUCGCGCUUCCGUACACUUGACCGACCCCUCUCGAAAUAUCGAGGAAUCAAUAGGCACUCCAGACCCGACAUCUGUAGAUUCCGAUCUAGAUAUGAAUUUGACAACAGACGAGGAGGGCGUUAGGAUAUACACCCCUCCUCCUCACAUAGCUGCUCGGUUUUAUCGACCUAGCCAGAAUCGUCGAAAAGAGUCAGCCGCCUCAUCACGCCGUAACUCCAUAUCGUCUGCGCAUUCGCGGUCCUCCCAUGGUUUCAACCACCAUGGCGGCCCACAGAGCAAAUACAUUGCCCAACAGAUGCGUCGCGCCUCGAUACUCGAGGAUCGCAAAGCCCGUCUGGCUGACAGGGCAGCGCAUGCUGAAAAGGUGCGCUUGAGAGCGGCUAUGGCAAAGGUUGCUCAGCAAAAGAUCUCCAACAUGGAAGAGCGUGCGUUGGCCGCUGCUCAGGCUAGAGAGAAGAACCUAGCCGAAAUUGUCGCUGCGUGCGCUGAGGAAGUAAAACGGGCCAAAGCAGUGGCCGAAAGCAUGAAAGAAAAGAGGGAGCAAGAGCUGCGUAAGCUCAGGUCCCAGAUGGAGGAGCGGUUGGCUGAGGCCGAGAGGAGAAGGGAAGAAUUACGCAGUCGCCAUACCGCGAAACGAUCUAGGGGUCAGAGCAUAAUGGCGAAGAGAUCUGAUACGAGUAGUAUGCCAGAGGAGGAACAAGAAUCCUCAAGCAUAAGUGACAUUGUACCCAUGAGCGAGGAUGUAGCAGCGUCCAAGAUCCAAUGGUGGUGGAGAGGAGUAAUGAGAAGGAUAGCGGUACGCCAGUUCUCUGAGCUUGGCUUGAACAUUGAUAGUGUCAGGGAUACCUCGUUUGAGCAGGUGACGGAACUACUGGCUCAGGAGAGGGUUCUCCUGUUCACGUCAAGAGUCUUGCGUAUCUGCGGCUUGCAGGAGGGCGAAUCUGGCUCAGUGGAUGAGAUGACCGCUGUCCGCACGUUCCUGAGCGCUUUCUUAAUUUUGGGCCAUCCUACCCAGGUCCUUAGCAAUAAAGAUCACAGGGGAGAACAGGAGCAGGUUGGAUCUUCUCAAGGGCAACCCAUUCCUCAUGAUGAUCUAGCUAAUCCGCAGUUACAGGAUCUCGUCGGCAAGGCGCGAGAUUUGCUAAUCUCCUUCGAGACUAUCCUUUCUCGUCUGACAUCGAUGAAUAAUUAUACAGUUCCUCCGUCGUUGCAGGCAGCUCUACCAGAAUCGUACGCGACAUUCCACAAUGCCUUCAUAGCAUGGAAGGCCCGUGAUUCGAAUGCGUUAGUCGAAGUCAUGGUCCUGCAAUUCGUGGAACUUGAUGCCAUACUUGAGACCGUUAAAGAUCGUACCGAAGAGGCUGUUGCCGAGUCUUAUCGACAGAGUAUCAAGGACAAUCAACUGAUGCUGAUGGUCCGAAUAAAGAGACUAGCUGGCCCUGAGCGAGGCAAGAAAAUGAUUUUCGAUGCUGUCAAGCAAGCGAGGAAGGCCAGGGCUGCGAAAAAGCCUACAGGCGAUAUGAAACCACGAGCCACCGAACAUACCCUUAGCGAUAGCAAGUCGAUCGCAGGCAACGCAUCGGCCGAUCAUGUUGUCUCUUCGCAGUUGCAGACCUUAACACCGCCGCCUUCUCCGCUCCAGGAGAAAGAGCUGAAAUUAAAUAUAAGUCAGCCGAGUUAUCCCCCGAUUCUCCCUGACAAUCGGGUAAUUGUUCACGAGUUGGCCAUCAACCGGGAGUAUCGCAUCGAGUAUCAGCAUUUUCAGGAGCAGCAUAAGCUUCGCAUGGACCCUCUGUUCCAGGAUCUAAAAACCGGCCCUAGAGACGCAGAGAAGGAGUUCCAUUAUCUUAUGAUUAUGGCCAACUACAUCAGAGAUAGACUCCAGCAUCUGGUCAAACCUGGUUCAUCCAUGUACACUUUUAUCGGCGAAAUUCUUGACACCGAGGUCUCACAACAGCAAUUCCUAGCCGGUAGCUUUUCGUAUGAGCGAUUUUUCUCAUCUAUGGGGUCUCUUCUCCCAAAGCUCUGCGCUCCGGUUCGUGACGACGAGGUAAAGGAUCUGGUUCAGAACAAACUUAGCCAAGGAGAUGUCGUUGACCGCCUUGAAGCACUCCUUUCAUUUAUCGAUACUAUGCUUUAUGAUUACGCCAACUACAUGUUGCAAGUUGCAGCACCAUGUCUUGUAGAGCAUGCUUCUGCGUACGAAACUAAAAGAUUUGCCGAAGAGCUGGAGAAUGGUACAAUUACACUUCACCGCGCGGAGGCUUCUUGGCGAAAUGCGCGCAAUAAGGUGCAUGCGGAAGUCUCGCGCCGUGACCCCGAGGGAAUCAAUCACCCACGCUCGCGGCCCACUCCGGACAAAAUCUAUUGGCAGAUGCUAUUGGACGAGUUUACGCAACCGUUACCAUCAGACGAGACCGUACCAGAGCCGCUCGCCCUUGACGUAAAACGCCGUGCCCGUAUAGGCCGUCAGACGAUGCGCAUUGUCACAACAGGUGCCAUUCUCCUGCAGUGCAAGAAUAUGCUCAAGCGCGAUGUCCGAGCUCCUUGGAGGACGGAAGCUGGCCGCAUCCUGACCGUUCUUGAGUCUUUAGAUGACGAUUCAAAGCCACUUCCAUUGUCUGCGGCUACCCACGGCAUUAUGGCAGCACUCGAGGCUGGGCGAUCUAUGCCAACAGCCACCAAGACACACUUACAAGCCCUUGUAACCAAAGUCCUCGCCGCUAGCAUGGAUGCAAAGCGUGACAACGCGGACCCCAGAGAACCGGUACUGAAAUUGCUUCUGACUCGAAUCAGGAGCCACAUCCUGGCUAGGUUGCAAGCCGGUUCUGCGAGCGAAAAAGUCAAGGCCACCAGUACAGCCGGGGAAAAGCUCGCAAGCAUCGGACUGCCUGAAUUUGUGGAGAAAGUGCGAGAGAUCGUCGAUGAGAUUGUUAAAGUAGGGGUUGUAGAUCGAGAAGCCCAUGGGGUAUGGUGGGAAGAAGUAGCUGAGAAGAUAAACGGAGAGGAGUCAGUUGCUCCGUCGGCAACUUCAUGAAGUGUGAGAUAGCAGCUAAUUGGGGGAUUGGGGGAAUACAUUCG